AUGUUUAAAAUUACUUAUGAAUUAAAAUUGCGCGGAGAAAAGAUUAUUGACGAUGAUAUGUUAGGAAAAACAUAUUCUAUUUUUCAUGCCCCAAAUGUGCUCAUGCAGCAGCAAUAUAGAAGACGAGGUUUUGAAAGGUACUCAGAAUUGAUUUCGUGUCUUCUAGUAGCAGAACAAAAUAAUGAACUUUUGAUGAAAAAUCAUGAAUCUCGCCCAACUGGGUCUGCCCCAUUUCAUGAAGUGAAUGCUAUAACAUCCGACAAUCGUGGUCGUGGUCAUGACCAUAAUCAAAGCCAUAGUCGUGGUCAUGGACGUGGACGCAGACAUAGUAAGGGUCGAAGUGAUGUUUGGCAAUGUGGUGGUUAUAAUAACUACUCCUCUACUUCGCUGGAAACCAUAAGCAAUGAACAUAAGGGAAAGAGUCCACAAAAUAAGAAUCAACAAACUUAUGUUUCAAGUGCGGUAUGA